AUGGCUUCACUCAAAAGCCAACUCGCCACACUCGCCCAAUCCAAUCCCGACACGGGGAGACUCAAGAACCUGGGCCGCCGAGACUCCUACAUUUACUCGCCCUCGCAGGCUGCCAAGCUAACAAUAGAUCAAGUCCACCAGAUCGGCGUCGACGGCUUCCAACAAAUCCUCAUCUACGACAAUCUCUUUCAAAAAUUCAACCAACCCCUCUUUGGAGAGUCCACAAAACGCAUCGACCGAACUCUCUUGGAACCUCAUGAGGCUAAACAAUUGAGCACGACGAUUGAAGAAUUCCUGGUUCGCUUAUCGCCUUAUCUCUUGAGCAAACCUAGCGCACACGUACUCGAGUGGCUCGUCAGACGAUUCCGAAUUCACGAGUUCGAUGUACCAAUUUUACUGUCUAUCUUCUUGCCAUACUACGACACCGCUCAAUUUUUGGCCAUGCUCAACAUCAUCCGCCUCGACUCUCAUCCGCAUUUUCAAUUUCUUCGCUCAGUCCAAAAGUCACGCACUGGUUUACCUCAAAGACAUCUGAUUGAUGCCAUGAUCGCCUCGCCAGAAUUCCUUCGAUACGCAACCGGAAUCUUGUCAUCAGUUACUAAAUAUCGACCACCGCACCAAGCACUUCUAGGGUUCCAUCUUCACAUAUUCCUGGGAUUAUUCAAAGGUCUAUCUCCGCAACUCGCUACACAACAAGCUAUUCCUCAACCAAUCCUCGUCACCCUUCUCCCGGUCUUGGUCGAUGGAGUUCAAAGCAGCCAACUUGACGCACGACUCACCCAUCUCAUCAUUAUAUCCGCCUUAGCUCGUUUAUCCUCUUUGCCACGGGCAGUAAUCCAAAAUCUUGUCAAAUACGUAAUUGAAGGUCACCCAAGUACAGACUCCGUCGACCCCUCGGUUUUGAGUAACCCAGCUUGGAGAGAACAUGAUGAGGCCAUGAUACAAACCUUGAUAGUUCUCUUUCAAAAUCACACUGAAGAAGGCGAAAUCCGAUUAACCAGCAAGUCGUGUCACUCCUUAUCUAGAGUUUUCAAAGUCGAAGAAUUGUUAUCGUCCAUGUGUCAAGCUUACGACGUAUCAGCUUUCUGGAAGAGUUUGGUUCAAGGACUAGCGAAAAGCGCUAUGAAGAACGGAGUUGUGGCCGAGGAGCUUCUUGUAAAACUUGCCCAAAAUUUUAAUCUUCCAACCGGACUCAUUGAGACUUUGAUAAUGGAAACGCUUUCCGUGAUACUUCCAAUGGAAGUACCUCAUCGAGCUGUGCUACGCCCUCUCGGCAUCCUGUUUCAACGCCACCCCAACCUUGUCGAGCAGGUCGCGCAAAACCAUCUUUCUACGAACGAGGGAGAUGCCAAGGAAUCAAUUCCAAGGAUCCUCCGCCUUCUCUCGGGCGAUCUUCCACUCACGACCGAACAAUGUGACCCAUCACUGGUUGGGCUCAGUAGCUCGAGUGCUAUUGUCAGGCAGAAUUCGCUCAAGGCGAUCAUGGAACAGCUGGAGGCCAAUGCUUUCGAUAACGUGGACAGCUCCACACAUCUGUUGACUUCGGCCCUCAAAACCACUCUCAGUGAUCCUGACCCGGCCACAUCAGAGCUCCUACUCUCUUGCCCACAGGCUUUGCUCAAGACCAUCAAAACCAACGACAUCAUGAACGCCGCUUCCUCAAUUCUAUGUUGUCAUCAAACACCUCGACCCACUCUAAAAAACUGGCUUUCAUUUCUCAUGGGACCUUUUUUGCAUCAGUAUCCCGAGAUGGCAACCCGUAUUUCUGAGGAAAUCAUUCUGAUGAGGUUGUUUUGGACCAAAAGUAGUUCUAAAUCAACCUCGGUUUUUUGGGCGCAUCAUGGCGAAAAAGACGUCUGGAACGGAACCAUUCUCGAAGGAGUGUGGCCAGCUGCGGUUCCCGAAGAUAGCCCUGAAUCGAGGACCACCGCUAACGAAAGUCUAUUGGAUGGCAUUGGCCGGAACAUUUUGAAACGGGGCGAUUCUGCCGUCCUCGGCUUGCUUCAAAAGCUGACAAAAGAUAGCAAACUUCAGUCCCCAACGACCAGACUAGUACCCUUGCUUUUGUUGUGGAGAAUUGUCGAUCGCUUGCCAGGAGGCGCCGUAGGGGUGCUGAUGAACACCCUGAUUGAUUAUAUGACUACCCAAACCGAUUCAGGCGGCUUUAACCGAUGGGUGAACAUAGACAUGGGGGACUCCGAAGCUGAUCGCUCCAUAUUGGAAACGUUUUACUCGAAAACAAGCUCAGAAAAACUCUUCAGCCGACUCACCGCCUCAACUCUGGCCAAGGCUGCUACUGUAGCUGAUAAACUGAAGCAUCGUGAAUACUGCUGGUUUGAGCCGGGUACCUCUAAAGUCGUUUCUUCCGCUUCGAUACUUUCGCAACCUUUAGAUGUCGCAAGCUUUUGCUUCAAGCUUUACUGUUUCGCACAUCCGAGUUCGCAUACUACUCAAGACUCACUGGCAAGAAGGGUUUCGGGAGCGCUACCACUGAUGCUAAAACAAGAAUGGCUGACCUUCCUCGCCAGAAUCUGGACUUCAUCACUCUUCAACGAAUCAUUUCGUAUCGCGGCUCUGCUCGAUGCCGAAGUAGAGAUCAAAUCUGUCACGACCGACUGCCAGAACGCCGCCAAGCCUGCACCCGUUGAUUACCAGCUCCUCAUUCCCAGUGUGAUGAUUGCGCUUAUUGAUCCCAGUAAACCUGUCCGCGCAGCCGCCCUCUCACUGACUACUGCUCUCAAAACCUAUUUGAAUUUGAUCGACUUGACCAAGAACACUUCGGGUCUGUCUCCGGAGCAAUUUAUUUAUGCUUAUGAUCGGUUCUACGGCGAUCGAGCCAGCGCCGACCUUCAAUACAUUUCAAUCCCGGACUCCACCCAGUUGGUCGCUCUCCUGCACCAGUCGAGUACGGAGAUCUUGUGUGAUGGAUUAAGUCAAAUGAGGUCGAUACUUCAAAACUUGGAGGACUCGCCCACCGACGCGUCAAAUCGCAAACGGCAACCUGAAGGCUUGAGGCAUAGAAUCAGUUGCUUUCUCAUGAAAGUUCUCGAUUGUUGGAGCGAUUUUGAGGGACGCGUCAACCUGCUGAAAUGUAUGAGUCAUGUAAACGACCCGCUUCGAAUCAAAUCGGCUGCUGCUCUGAUUGAUCAGACGUCCUCCGGGGCGGCGAACUCAAUCACGGACAAUCAACUGUCCAAGGACGCUUUGGCUGAGUACGCCGAGCUUUUGUUCCAAACAUACGACUAUCCUGGCAAAGCCUUUACAUCUGGGAAAGAUUCUACUGCUUUCGAUGCGCUCGUAUGUGCCCUAUGCUGCUCUCCAACCAAUAAUGCUCAAGUCGCCAUCCGCGGGGCUGCUACGAAUAAGUUGCAAACUGGCUUGUUUGUCGCUUUAUCAGCUUCACAGAAGCAAAUUAUUUUACGCAAAAUUUUGGCAUUGGCGAUAUCUUCCCGAGAUGAUCUUGGCUUCUACGUAGCUUCUCUUCGCUCUUUGCCGUUGGACACCGAGUCUUUUAUCACGGCUUUGUCGGCAAUCUCCCAAGAGAUUUCCCCAAACAAUGCUCGGUCGCAUAAGAGGACAAAGACCGGCAAAGGUUCCGUCGGUCAAGCCACCGGUGGGGCACCCGAUCUUUCAGAGUUGACAACCUUACUAGAAACAGUCUCCGUGGAAAAACUCGACCACACUUUCCGAUUGUUUGCGGCAUUCUUACAUACCUUGGCAACCCUAUUGGCUACGCAUACUACCCAUGAAGUAGACAUUCAUUUCUCUGCUCAGCUGCUUAUCUCGUACUUGGCGAUUGUCGCCCCCGCCUUGAAUGAAGCCGAAUUUGAAUCCGAUGGCUUACCUUUAUCUUGCAUCGUGGACUACAUGAGAAUUUCGUUGGAUCCACACAUUUCUCACAAAAUAAUCCUUCUGCUGGCCGAUUUGGCUCGUCUGUGUCCUGAGCUCACCUGCCAAAGUAUGAUGCCAAUAUUCACGUUUGUCGGAGCUCAUGUGAUUCAGCGUGACGAUGCAUUCAGUGCUAGAGUGGUUGACAAGGCCAUCCAAGCUUUGAUUCCACCGAUGGUAAAAGCCUCCAGCAGCUCCGGAAGCUCUCGGGUUGACGUUGUUUUGAGCCUACGUGAAUUGCUCCUCAUGUUUGUUGGGGCAAGAAAUCAUAUCCCCAAGCACCGACGGACGAGACUCUUUGUGCGAUUAAUCGAGGUUCUAGGCGAUUACCAAUUCUUAGGGGCUCUACUGAUUCUGAUGAUCGAUGCCAACAUCGACGAGGCCAAUGAUGUGUCAAACUUCGAGCUACCUCUCUCAAUCUGGUCGUCUUUCCCAGGCGCGCUUGGCGUCGCGGCAAUGGCACAUAUUGUGGCCGAAGUAGAAAUUCUGCUUGGACUAAGUUCCCCAGGAGAGUCUGGUAUUCUGCCAGCCAGAUCCCAAGAAGCUGAAGUCGAUCGCGACGGCGAUCAGAUCAUUGAUGACGGAAGCCAGAACCUGAACGUGAAUCGUGUUCAGGCACUCAUGAAGUUCAUGAGCGAGGCGCUGGCCUCUAAAUCACUGAAGUCCAAGUUGGAUUCAUCCCGAUCAGCAAAUAAUUCAGAUAGCGAUCAGGUCUUAUCAUUCUUGAUGAUGCAAAUAUUAGAGCUUAGUCAAUCCAAACCAGAGUCGACUGGAAGUGAGCACAUCCAAGACGCUCGUGACAUUGCACUGCGAGCCGCGAAGCUGGUCUCCUUGGAAUUCUUCGCCUCCGCGAUGCUUCCCACACUCCAGGAUCAUGACAGCAAGUUGAUGUUCUUUGCCUUGGACAUCCUACGGGCCCGUUUGUCAUCCGUUAAAGCUUCCCAGAGACCUGAGAUCGAGAUGUGUGUCAUCGAAGCCAUCAAGAUUUGUACGACCCGCAUUCGAGGCGGCUUCGCUAUUUCCCCCGAAGAGUCAAAGGUACCCUUACUGCAUGCGAUCGAAACUCUUGGAGAAAUGGCUGUGAAUGCGACAGCCUCCGAGCAAUCCUUACUCAGCAAGGCCUACGACUCCUUGUUGUCAAUACCACCGAGCAGCGAUGACGCGAGAGUUGCAGCAGCGGCUUUGUCCGCCCUAGUAAAACUCUGCCGAUUACUCGGUUCUCGAUUGAUACCCAAUGUUGGGAAAACCAUCAACAUGUGCGUCGAAUUGGUGCAAAAAUCGCACAGUUCAGAAAGUGGCACUGCGGGCGUGGAACUUCGCGCACUUGCUUUCGGCUUGGUGGAAGUUACCGUGAAGGCAUUGCCAUCAUUCCUCACGCCACACAUGCCGAUGAUUCUCCGACUGAUCACGACCCCUGUUACGAGCAAACCUGGUCUGCAAAACGCUGUAGAUGCCAAGCAAGUCUCACUGAUUCGUUGCUUGACGAAGACAGUUCCUCUCCACAAUUUGGGGCCUGUUGUCAGCGCUUAUUGGUCAAACUUGGAAGGCUCGAGCAACGUUGCCCUGACACUGCUGGAAAUUCUGAUUCGAGCCAUCAAAUACGCCAAAGUACCGGAAGUUAUCAAGGAGAGCAAGGCGACAUUCGACUUCCUAUUACAGGCCUUCGAUGUUCGCCGACAAAAUCAUCAAACUAUUUCGCAAGAAGAUAUUAUCAAAAUUGAAUCACGCGCUUCUUCGGCUUUCUUAGCUCUGGUUUUGAAAAUCAAUGAUGAGACUCUCAAACCAUUGUUGUUCCGAUUCAUCGAUUGGGCAACAAUCGACCUAACGACCGACGAAAAUCAACCUAGUGUUCCCAGAUGUAUUGCGCUCUACAAAGUCUUUGGCGCACUUCUUGGCCACCUGCAGACUUUGGCUGUGCCCUACUUUACGCAUCUCAUCAGCCACACUGUUACAAUAUUGAACGGAUUUGUCGAAGCCAAGCAAUCUGACUUUGAGCUUUGGAUGUCCGUCACCUCAACGUUGGAGCAGACGCUUAAACAUGAUACAGAAGGCUUUUGGAGCGCUACCGCCUUGACCAGAAUCGUUAUGCCCGUCACUAGCCAGAUAAAACUCGGGUCUACAUUUACGACUCAUCAAGAAUAUUCUAGUCGCGUGAAAUCGCUUAUUGGGCAGUUGGCUCACAAGGUUUCAAACCACGACACGCUUUUGAAGGUUUUGAAUUCCGGAAUCUUACAAGAGAUCAAAGCUAAAGAUGAUGACGAAGAGCAAGCCAUCAACGUCAAACUAAUCAGCUUGGAAGUUUUGGAGGAAAUCUGGAAAGAAAUCGGAGCUGCUCUAGUGCCUUUCGUCCCCGAAACUAUCGGCGGUUGUCUGAUCGAGGCCCUGGAAGAACCUCAUGGUGGAAUCGACCAGGCGGCUAAGAAGGUCGUCAAAAGGAUCGAGCUGGAAAUCGGCGAAAGCAUCGAAGGCUAUUUGGCUUGA